GUAAUUUAAAUCAACAAAAGAACAAAGUUAAAUGGUAGUUUAAAUUGUUAUACUUAAACAAUACAUUUUAACAAUUAGAAAAGUAACGGUAGUUUGGACUUUUUAUGGUUCAAAAACAAUUUGAAGGAUGGAUUUAACGCUCGGAUGCCUUCCCGAAGACGAUAGCGAUAGCAUAGAGGAGGAAGAACAUAAUAUACAUAUUAUUGUUAAUAAAUUUCAAUUAGAUCAACAAUUAGAAAACGCUAAGAAUAAAAUUGUGCUGAUCUAUUUUUUUGCAUAUUGGUGCGGUCUUAGCAUGGGAAUGGAUGAAGUUAUCGAGGAUUUGGCAGACAAUUAUCGAGAUAAAUUACACGUAUUGAAAAUUGACGCGUCAAAACAUAGAGAAAUAGCAAAAGAAUACAAGAUUAAAUACGUUCCCACGUUUAUAUUCGUUUUUAAUGGAAAAAAUAUCGAGGAAUUUGAAGGAGCGGAUCAAGAUGUAAUUCGAGAAUUACUGGAAAGGAAUUUAUCUUAUUUAGAACUUUAACGUACUACGUCGUUUACGAUAUAAUGUUUAACUGAUUAAAUAAAAAACAUAAUAAAAUAAACGAUAAUAUUAUUUGUUUAUUAUUCAGUCUCCUAUGCUGAAAUAUAACCUUGGAUGUGCGAACUUGAUAACUAAGAUAAUAUUACGUAUUUACA